GGGUGCUUUGAGAUUUUGGUAGCAUUGAUUAGACCUCCUUAGGUCCACACUCAAUUCCACCAAGCAAACCGUAAUGCCAUAAAUAUGACAAAAGCCAGCUGCUACCAGAGGGGAGCCAGGAUCGUAACGAACGGAGCCCACGCUCGUGCCCUUUCUCCAAUCUCCUCAUCAUCUAACCCAUGUGAGAUUGGCCAUGACUACAUCUUCCUUAACCUCACCGCCCCUUCCUCGCCCAAGGCCACAGUACCCCGAAUCCCUCGACGGCCCCACCACCCUGUCGGAGAUCAAACAGCUGCAGGCCGUCCUCAUCAAAGCUGGCCUCGCCCACACCCGGCCCGCCCAGAACCGCCUCGUCGCGCUUUGCUCCGCCGCCCGCCCGCCUGACCCCGCACUCGACCACGCCCUUCUCCUCUUCUCCCGCUCCCGCAAGCCCACCCCUUUCAUGCGGAACACAAUCGUCCAGUCCCUCGCCAACACCUCCGCCCCUUACCGCGCCCUCCGCUUCUACUUUGCCGCCCACUGCGCUGCCGUCCCCCCCAACCACCACACCUUCCCCGCCCUCCUCAAGGCCUGCUCCCACCUCCACGCCCUCUCUGAAGGGAACCAGAUCCACGCCCAGGCCCUCAAAUCCGGCCUCGGCUACGACAUGCUUGUCCGCAACGCGCUGAUCCAUCUGUAUUGCUCCUGCGCCGCACUAGACCACGCGCAGCGGGUGUUCGAUAAAAUGCUCGAAAGAGAUAUUGUAACCUGGAAUACGAUGAUUAACGGCUACGUCCAAAACGGGUUGGCCCGCGAUGCGCUGGACCUAUUCCGCGACCUCCAGCUCGCCGGCGUCUGGCCCGACGCGAUCACCAUGGUGGGCGUCCUCUCCGCGUGCGCCGUCGCGGGCGCGCUCGAGCUCGGCAAGUGGGCCCACGCCUACAUCGAGAAACACCGGAUGGAUGGUCGAAUCAGCGUCAGGACCGCCCUGAUCGACAUGUACUCCAAGUGUGGUUAUAUCGAUCGAGCGCUGGAGGUCUUCAAGAGCACCCCAGUUCGAAAUCUCGUUCUUUGGACGGCCAUGAUUAACGGGUUGGCCAUUAACGGGUCCGGUCAUAAAGCCGUAGAAUUCUUCGAUCGGAUGGUUCACGAUGAUGAUAUUAAACCGGAUGGAGUAGUCUUCAUCAGCGUCUUGUCAGCAUGCAGCCAUGGUGGACUAAUAGAUGAAGGGCGGAGAUUGUUCGAUGAGUUGAAAACUCGUUACAAUUUGGUUCCACAGAUGGAGCAUUAUGGGUGCAUGGUGGACCUCCUGGGCCGGGCUGGACGGAUAGAGGAGGCCCUCCAGUUGAUCAGACGCAUGCCGUCGGAGCCCAGCGAGAUCGUAUGGCGGACGUUGUUAGGGGCGUGCAGGGCCCACAGGAACGUCCAGAUUGGUGAGUUGGCGAUGAAGGAGAUCCAACGGCGGGAACCACGUCACCACGGGGAUCACGUGCUUCUCUCUAACAUCUACGCCUCGGUGGGGAGGUGGGAGGACGUGGCGUACGUGCGGAGGGCGAUGAAGAGGAUGGGCAUCUCAAAGGAGCCCGGGUGCAGCAUCAUCGUGGUGGACGGCCGGAUUUACUCGUUCGUGGUGGAGGACGCAUCCCACCGUCACUCCGAGGAGGUGAGGGCGGCGCUGGAGAGGAUGGCGCGGAGGCUGAGGGAGGCGGGGCACGUGCCGGACACGAGAGAGGUGGUGGCGCGCGUGGAAGGAGGGGAGGAGGAGAGGGAGGAGAAGCUGGUGCACCAUAGCGAGAAGGUGGCGGUGGCGUUCGGUCUGAUCAGGACCGUUCCUGGGACGACGUUGAGGGUGGUGAAGAAUCUGAGGGUGUGCGCGGACUGCCACGCGGCGAUGAAGCUGAUCUCGGAGAUCUACGGCAGGGAGAUCGUGUUAAGGGACCGGAACCGGUUUCACCAUUUUAAGAGCGGGUCCUGUUCUUGUGGCGAUUAUUGGUGAGAGAGUUGUGGUAACUAGAGAUUUAAUUGAGCCAACUAAAGUGUAGAAUGGGAUGGUAUGAACCUUGUCGCGAUUUUUUGCUUCACAACAGCUUGAAUGAAUAUUUCAGAAUCAGGAAAAAGAGAAAACGAAGAAAUUAUAUAAAGUUUGGACGUUGGUAUGGUUAUAUAUCAUUCAUGUAAAUCUAACAAGUACGACAUAAAAAUUAUUGAGACCACCAUCAACAUCAUAUAGUCUUCGGAUGGGUCAGCUUAC